AUGAACUUAAAGGAGACAAUAUUGCAGGUGAAGACUGAAGACUCGGGCGUCUCCAUUUUGGAAAAAGCUACGUCAAGGUUCUGCUGGAGCAAUCGAUCAUCACCACGUGCUGAGGAAAUUUGCUUAGACUCAGAGUCAUUUGCAGCAGCCGACAGAACCCAGUUGAAGAAAGUGGAGAAACAGGAGAAGUGGAAGAUGAAUGACUUUAAAGAAGCUGAUGUGGAUAAUCUUCUUCAUAAAACCCUUGCAGCCUCUUUGGCAAAUGGCGACAUUAAUUCACCAGAGGACACCAGCCUGAGUCUCCUCAGUCCUCAGCCCAUGCUCAACACCUCUCAGUUUAGCCCCAUGUUCUACCUCACUGGCUAGCCAGGAUUGGAAAACAUCGAACGCUGGGUUUUCAUCCCCUUUUUCUGUAUGUACUUGGUGGCCAUCGCAGGAAACUGUUUCAUUCUGCUGCUUAUUAAGACCAACCCUCGGCUACACACACCUAUGUACUACUUACUGUCCCUGCUGGCCCUCACUGACCUGGGACUGUCAGUGCCCACCUUGCCUACCACUAUGGGCAUCUUCUGGUUCAGUUCCCAUUGGAUCUACUUUGGAGCUUGCCAAGUCCAGAUGUUCUGUAUCCACUCAUUUUCCUUCAUGGAGUCUGCAGUGCUCCUUGUCAUGUCUUUUGACCGCUUUGUGGCCAUCUGCCAUCCCCUGAGGUACUCAGUUAUCAUCACUGGCCAGAGAGUGAUCAGGGUAGGCUUAGUUGUCAUCCUGAGGGGACCUGUGUGUCUUGUUCCCAUUGUUCUUCUCCUGAGGGCUUUUCCCUACUGCGGGCCUCAAGCCCUGUCCCAUUCUUUCUGCCUCCACCAGGAAGUGAUACACUUGGCCUGCGUAGACACUACCUUCAACAACCUGUAUGGGCUGACCCUGGUGGUGUUCACGGUGAUGCUGGACUUGGUGCUCAUUGCACUGUCCUAUGGGGCCAUCCUGCACACUGUGGCAAAACUGGCCUCCCGACAGGAGCGGCUCCGAGUCUUCCAGACCUGUACCUCACACCUCUGUGCUGUGCUGGUGUUCUUUGUGCCUGUGACAGGGCUGUCCCUUGUGCACCGAUUUGGCAAGAAUGCCCCACCUGCUGUCCACCUUCUAAUGGCGAAUGUCUACCUAUUUAUACCACCCAUGCUUAACCCUAUCAUAUAUAGUAUUAAGACCAAGGAAAUACGCCAUGCCAUCAGUAAACUCCUGGGUAUUAGAAAGGUCAAUUCUGAGUCCUAG